GCUUUACGGCAGUCAGUUGACUUAGCACUGUGAACGGGUUUGCAACUUUUUUUAAAAAUAUACGACGUAAUAGCAAAAUAUAAGCGAACCAUGGAUAUUGGAACGGUUCUGUUUACGGCCGUUUUGGCACUUGUUGUCUAUCUUUUGGCCAAGUUCCGACAAUCCAUGAAGUAUUGGCAAAACGAAGGUAUUCCUUGCGAGGAACCCGACCAGCUGAUGGGAAGCUUGAAGGGAUUGCUGACCAAGAGAUCGUUUAAUGACGUCUGGACGGGGUACUACAAAAAGUUUCGUGGCACCGGACCCUUUGCCGGAUUCUACUGGUUCCGUCGACCGGCGGUCUUUGUUUUGGAACCCUCCCUGGCUAAGCACAUUCUAAUCAAAGAGUUCAACAAGUUCACGGACCGGGGCUUCUAUCACAAUACCAAGGAUGAUCCAUUGACGGGUCAGUUGUUUCUGUUGGAUGGCCAGAAGUGGAAAUCGAUGCGUAACAAGCUAUCACCCACUUUCACCUCCGGAAAAAUGAAGUUCAUGUUCCCCAUUGUCACCAAGGUGGGUCAUGAGUUCAUCGAUGUUUUCUCCGAAAUGGUGGACCAAUCGUCCACUGUUGAGGUCAAGGAGCUGUUGGCCAGAUUCACCACUGACGUGAUUGGCACCUGUGCCUUCGGCAUCGAGUGCAGCAGCCUGAAGGAUCCCGAGGCCGAGUUCCGGGUUAUGGGUCGUCGAUCCUUGACUGAGCAGCGGCUUGGUUCCCUGGCAAUCGGAUUGGUUAAUAGUUUCCCUAAUGUGGCCCGUCGGCUGGGCGUAAAGACUACCGCCGAACCCAUUGAAAAGUUCUUCAUGCGUAUCGUCCGGGAAACGGUAAGCUUCCGCGAGCAAAACAACAUCCGGCGUAAUGACUUCAUGGACCAGUUGAUUGAUUUAAAAAAUAACACCUUAAUGAAAUCCGAUACUGGGGAGAAUGUCAAUCUAACCAUUGAGGAAGUAGCAGCUCAGGCCUUUGUAUUCUUCACUGCCGGCUUCGAGACCUCCUCGACCACAAUGGGAUUCGCCUUGUACGAGUUGGCCCAGCACCAGGAUAUCCAGGAUCGUGUAAGAAAGGAGUGCCAGGAGGUUUUCGAAAAGUAUAAUGGAGAGCUAACAUAUGAGAGCACUAAGGAGCUGGUCUACCUCGACCAAGUUAUAUCUGAAACACUUCGCUUGUACACAGUCCUUCCGGUCCUGAAUCGCGAAUGCCUGGAGGACUUUGUAGUUCCUGAGAAUCCCAAGUAUGUGAUCAAGAAGGGAAUGCCCAUCCUAAUCCCCGCAGGAGCAAUGCAUCGGGACGAGAAAUAUUACCCAAAUCCGGACACUUUCAAUCCGGACAACUUCACUGCGGAACGCGUCAGAGAUCGUGAUUCGGUACUAUGGCUUCCAUUUGGAGAUGGACCACGCAAUUGCAUUGGGAUGCGUUUUGGCCAAAUGCAAAGUCGUAUUGGUCUAGCGCUCCUCAUCAAGAACUUCAAGUUCUCGGUUUGCAGCCAGACAACCAUUCCCAUGAAGUUCGAUAAGAAACUAUUCCUCAUUGGCAGUGAAUCAGGGAUUUAUCUUAAGGUGGAACGUGUAUAAACCGAUAAAAAUAACAUUAAAAAUCUAUUAAAAUAUAUUCAAGCGAA